CUCUCAAACAAGGUCACCCACUAUACCCUGGUGUCGACAGCUGCAUGGUGCCCCAGUUUAGUCGCGUGGCUUUUCUAUCACAGCGCACUUAUAUAAGAUGCUGCAUGCUUACACUUCCGACUGAAGGCCACCCGACCAAAGCUGCAGUGUAAGCUUCUGCACGAUAAAACAGUUUCUUGUGCUGAUAGUAAAUUAAGAGUUAGACGAUCUUUUGAACACUCUGUCGGAAUCCAGCUGCGUCAUGGCGUUUGCAGGUCGUCGAGUGCUGGUCGCUGGUGGAGCUGGGAAUGUGGGCAGCGGUGCGGUUGUUGCGCUGCUAAAAGAAGGUGCAAAGGUCCUUGUGGCAUCCAGAUCAGCAGCCAAGUUUGAAGAGCUUAAACAAAAAACACCUGACAAUGUGAGGUCCAACCUGUCCCUCAUACAGGCAGAUGUCUCCACGGAGGAGGGAACAAAGACCAUCUUUGACAAGGCAACUAAAGAUGGCAGGAUUCAACAUGUGGUUGCCAGUAUUGGUGGCUUUUGGAUGAAAGGGAGAUUAGAAGAUCAGACACUGGAAGAGUUCAAUGACCGAAUUAAGGAAGCAGUUACUGGACACUUUCUGCUCUUUCGUAUCUUUGCGCCAUAUCUGGAGAAACGUGAAGGAAGCACAUACACCAUUCUUACAGGGAAUGCUGGAUUGAAGUACAUUCAUCCCAACACAUCACUGCUGUGUGUGGGAUCUGGGGCUGUCAAUGGGCUGUCUGUUGCAGCUUUAGCAGAAAAUAAAGAUCGUCAACUGACAGUCAACGACUUUCGGAUUCACUGCCUUGUUCAUCCUAAGCCCGAUGAUCCUAAGACAAGUGAUGACUACAACCUGGGUAAUGAUUUGGUUGGCUCUGCAAUUGCUGCUGUGGUGAAGGCUGGAGUACGUGGCCAGGUAGAUGUCUACAACAGAAAAGAUGUUAAGGCUCUUAUCAAAUAAGAUAAGAUUUUAUUACUCUGAGAGGGCAAUUAGAAGUAGUUCUGGAAAUAUAACAACAUUGAUAAAAUGGGUAUAGGGUAAUUGUGACCAGUUCAAGGUCAUGAGCACACAUUCUUUCUUGAAGAAUCAACUUAUUUCUGUACUUUUGUUGAUGUAGAAACAGAUGCCUCCACCACAUGCCUUAUCAGUUUGUGGCAGAUCUAUCUGAUAAACUAUCCCCAGUAUUUUUUUUUAAGACUAAUGCUGUUCUUAUCUUCACUGUAGUAACUCUUUAUGAUAAUAUGUCCAUUACUAAUCUUUACUGCAACAGGGCUAGGUUAUUCUCUAAAAUAACAAACAUCAAGUGUUUUCAGUUUUCUGUAUUUUCUCAAGAAUAAAGGAAAUAAAACUUACUUUGAUGAUUUAA